CCUCCGUUGUUGCAGUGUCUCAAGCUCCCUCCACUCGCCUCUCACUCUUACUACUCGAAAUACUCGAUCGCUCCCUGCGAUGCACUGUGCUUUUCUCGUCCCUCUUGUCGAACGGACGCUUCUGAAAGUUAAUUGCUCGUACACAGAGUUGCAAAAUUAUUCUUCAGUGUGCAGCUCUUCAACGGGAGAAUUUAAAUUGAGCAACAGACGUUGAUAGUACCAGUUAUCUAUCUAGAACCGGAUGGCUUCAGGAAGAAAGAAGCGCACAAGUCUCAACGUAAAUCACCGGUCAAGUUGAAUAUUAGUUUAAACCGGCGCGAUUUCAGCGGUUAUAAUAUGGCUUGGAAACUAUUAGAGCUUCACCUGGGGCUAGUCAUGGUGCUAUUUGUGCUCACAUGCGUUCAUGCAAUCACAGAACCAAAGGACGUAACUGCGUUAAAUUCUUUGUACAUCUCAUUGGAAGAACCCGCUCAACUGACGCUGUGGAAUUCAAGCGGAGGUGAUCCAUGUGGUGGUGGUUGGCUGGGCGUCAUUUGCACAGGGUCGAAUGUCACAGAGCUGCACUUGAAUCAGAAGGGUCUGUCUGGAAACCUCGGUUACUCCCUCACCGCACUUCAACAAUUAUUGAUACUUGAUGUGAGUGGCAAUAACAUUCAAGGAAAUAUGCCCUCUCAGUUGCCCCCACUUGUUCGACUGCUUAGGAAUCUUGGAGGGAAUGUAAUCACGGGUAACAUUCCUCACUCUCUCAAGGAAUUGACAAAUUUGACAGAGUUGAAUCUUAGCCACAAUAAACUGCAGAAUGGUGUCCCAGACGUAUGGACGCAACUCACAUCUCUAAGAUUGCUGGACCUUUCAUUUAAUGAGUUGACAGGCUCACUUCCUCGAUCGAUUGGAGACUUAUCUGCUCUUACGUCCUUGAAUGUGGAAAACAAUCAUCUGACUGGCAAUCUACCUCUAUCAAUGUCAAACCUGACAAAUUUGCAAUACUUAAAUCUUCAAAACAAUAGGUUUACUGGAUGGCUUCCACCAAAUCUCAACCCACGCGACGUACGAAUUUCAGGUAAUAACUUCAGCAAUCAACCAGCUCCGCCACCACCUCCAUAUACUCCACCACCACCAAGGCAACCCGCUCCCCGACGGAUACCUCCACCGCUUCGACAGAGGACGCCAGCAGCAGCUGUAGAAUCCUCUGAAAAGAGUGGUUUUUGGACUGGUGGGCGAAUCGCUGGAGUUGCUGUUGUGGUUUUGCUUUUAUUUGCUGCUGCUAUUCUAUGUUUCCUGUAUGUUUCAUGGAGAAGGCGUGGAGAAAGAGGCGUACGAGACAAUGCUGGUCGUAAGCAUUCCUGGCUACAACCAAUUUUUUUCAAAGAGAAAUCAGUUCAGUCGAAUCAAAGUUUUGGAGACUUAGGUGUCACUGAGGCUUCCGGUGAAAAAAUUGCAAGUCCGCAAGAAAUGAGAAAGAACGCCUCUCCAAUGAAGACCCAGGAACUCAAAGCACCCCCUUCCUUCAAGUCAAAUGGUGAGAAUGGUCCUAGUAAGACCCCUCCCAGUAGACCGCCUCCUGCAAGGUCUGCAAAAGCUAUUGUUCCAGCUAUCGCCUAUUCUGUGGCAGAUCUUCAAGCUGCCACCAACAGUUUUGCUCAAGAAAACCUGAUUGGAGAAGGGUCUUUGGGACGUGUAUAUCGGGGGGAAUUUACGGAUGGCCAGGUGCACGCAGUAAAGAAACUGGAUUCAUCAUCACCCUUAGUACAAAAUGAGCAAGAUUUCCUUGGGAUCUUAUCUGGCAUGGCUAGAUUGCGCCACGGUAAUAUUACUGAGUUAGUUGGAUAUUGUGCGGAGCAUGGGCAACGUCUGUUGGUAUAUCAGUACAUAAGCCGUGGUACGCUGAACGAUAUACUUCAUACGAAAGAUGAGGACACCAAGCGGCUGACGUGGAAUGCUCGUGUGAAGAUUGCUCUCGGAGCUGCUCGUGCCCUUGAGUACUUGCAUGAAGUGUGCUUGCCAGCAGUCGUUCACCGUAAUUUCAAAUCUGCAAAUGUAUUAUUGGACGAUGAACUUAACCCUCAUCUCACAGACUGCGGAAUCGCAGCCCUCACGCCUCUCGGUUCUGACCGGCAGGUUUCAACUCAAAUGCUGGGAUCGUUUGGGUAUAGUGCCCCAGAGUAUGCUAUGUCUGGAAUUUAUACCGUUAAGAGUGAUGUCUACAGCUUCGGUGUGGUUAUGCUGGAGCUUUUGACUGGUCGCAAGCCAUUAGACAGUACUAGGUUACGAGCAGAGCAGUCACUGGUCAGGUGGGCCACUCCCCAGCUACAUGACAUAGAUGCAUUAGCGAAGAUGGUCGACCCUGCGUUGAAGGGGAUUUAUCCUGCGAAAUCCCUUUCCCGCUUUGCAGAUAUCAUCGCAUUAUGCGUACAGCCGGAGCCUGAAUUUCGCCCAGUAAUGUCGGAAGUAGUGCAAGCUCUUGUGCGACUUAUGCAACGAGCAAGCCUAAACAAACGAAGAUCUGGUGAUGACUUGGGAGCUUCCAACAGGAGUAUGGACCGGCAAUAUGAUCCCUCGGAUUCUUCGACUUGACAAUCCGAAACCAAGACCAUCAGUUUGGACUUUCUCACCACAAGCACACUUCUCAUGUGCCGAUGUUGUGCUGGACAAGCAUACUUCUGUGCUGAUAUUUCCAUUCUUCAACUGCACAACCAUUUUCAAUUCCUCUGAAAAGGAUAUCAGAGCGUUGGUUCGGUACAUGACUGAGGUAAUGCCUCUCUACAAUUUAUUUCAGAAGUGCGAACCACUCUUGGGGAAGUAUUGACACGGUAGAUGAGCUGGUACAGAGUGCAGAUAAUGAAUCUUGCUCUUAUAGGACUCAGCUUAGUUGUGUUGGGCAUAGGUGAAGCAGGCCGACCAUUUUGAUCACGAAACAGUGAACGUGCAUUACAUGUCCAGUAGAAAUGAUUGUACCACGUAUUUGUUGUGUGUAAACGAUUUGGUUUUUAAUUUGACAGCACGUCCGUUUUUUUUUUUUUUUU